AGGGGAAGCGCCGAGGUGCCACUUGGCCGCCGGGGCAGCGGCCGUGGGCACGGGUUGAUAGCGCCGGUGCCGUACGGUCCCCUCGGCCCCGCCUGAGGCUGCCCCGCCGUGAGGAGCCGCCUACGUGCUCGUUGUCUCCCAGCCCUCCUUCCCGCCUCCCCUAGGAGCAGCACGGUGCGCGUGAAAGUUCCCCUGCUUCAGGUGAGGGCCGGGCCCGCCUGCCGGUGGCCGAGCCACUCCCGCCCCCUGGGCGCGCACCCCCGGCUGGGGGCCGAGCCGGCCGCUGCCGCCGGGCGAGAGAGACAUGGCUGAAAGCCUCUCCUGGGAGCUCCGUGUCUGCACGGGUUAAGGCGUGCGGUGGGGAGAGGUGGAAAAGUUGCUGUUGGAUUUCACUUCAAGGGAGCGGACAAAAAGCGGCGAAAUGGAUGACUUCCCCUCCAUCUGCCUGCUGUCCCUGGCCAUGCUGGUCGCCUGCUAUGUGGCAGGAAUUAUACCCUUGGCAGUUAAUUUUUCCGAGGAGAGAUUGAAGUUGGUGACUGUUCUGGGUGCUGGGCUCCUGUGUGGAACUGCCUUGGCUGUCAUUGUGCCGGAAGGAGUACAUGCACUUUAUGAAGACAUUUUGGAGGGAAAGCAUCACCCAGCGAGCGAGAUGCAGCACGUGAUGGAGUCUGAGAAGGUAGCGAAAAUCCCAGCGGUGCAUGAGCAUGACCAUGACCAUUCCCGGUUGCACGCCUACAUUGGUGUGUCCCUUGUUCUUGGCUUUGUCUUCAUGCUCUUGGUGGAUCAGAUAGGCAGCUCUCAUGUGCACUCUACAGAUGACCCAGAAGCUGCAAGAUCAGGCAACUCCAAAAUCACCACAACACUGGGACUAGUAGUCCAUGCUGCAGCUGAUGGUGUUGCAUUGGGUGCAGCAGCUUCUACUUCUCAGACUAGUGUCCAGUUGAUAGUGUUUGUUGCAAUUAUGUUGCACAAGGCACCAGCUGCCUUUGGCCUGGUUUCCUUCCUGAUGCACGCUGGGCUAGAACGGAAUCGAAUCAGAAAACACUUGCUGGUCUUUGCAUUAGCAGCACCUGUUAUGUCGAUGGUGACAUACUUAGGGCUAAGCAAGAGCAGCAGAGAAGCCCUUUCAGAAGUCAAUGCCACUGGAGUUGCUAUGCUGUUUUCUGCUGGGACUUUCCUUUAUGUUGCCACAGUUCAUGUUCUCCCAGAAGUAGGAGGAAUUGCUCAUAGCCACAAACCUGAAUCAACUGGAGGAAAAGGACUCAGUCGUCUGGAGGUGGCAGCCCUAGUAUUAGGAUGCCUUAUUCCUCUAGUUUUGUCCAUUGGACACCAUCACUAAACACUCAAAUUUCAAUGUUCUCCUCUUCAAUAAGACAUGAGCAGUAAAUGUCUGCUGCUCCCUUUAUCAUUCUUUUACCCAUCAUUCAUCCCAUCCACUUUAUGGAGUUCAGAGGGAAUCUUGAUCGCAAAAUGAGGAAUACUGGGAAAGUUUUUAGUGUAGCAAAAUGUACUUUGGCAGCCGGACGCAAAUUCUAUGUAACUUUCUUUUCUGAAGACAUUUGCUAUUUUAAUUGUUACUUCUGGCCCUAUUCUCAGGGAGGAUGGAACUUGAAGUUUAAGAAAGGUGAGCAGGGAAGAACAUAGUGACUCCACACAAAAUUGCAAUCACCAAAGUAUCCUGCAGUUCAGCUUUCACAGCUGAGAGCAAAACCCAAGGAUGGCUGCGUUGUGAGAGGUUGAAGUUUCACUAAUGAAGAAGGGGGCUCUCCCCCAUCGGUUCUACAUUGUCCUGGCAAUGCAACUGGCCCUUGUGAUGCUUGCCACUAAUUGUACUGCAGAAGUGGGCUGCACUGGGAACUCUGUAUAACACUGCUAUUGUCACAGAGGUGUCACUUGAUAGGAAAGAAAUUAUGUAGACAAUGCAUAGCAUUAGAGUGAGAAAUCAGCUGGUUAAGAAAGUGCAAAUGAAUUUUGCAGUGUAUUCCAUCGUUUAAAACAAAGGAUAGAAGCAAGGAGAAUAGUGUUUUGAUUGUUUAUUCACUUGUUAAUAAAUUCUAAAAAGGCACUCUUUCUUGGGAGAUAGUCUUCUGCCAAGUCAGUCAAGUGUUAAGCACCAAAAAUGUCAGCAGGAAUUAUGUAUUGGCUAUUGGGAUACACUAAUGCUUUUGUAGAGAGAGAUACCCAUGGUGCCCUUUAAGAUAGAUCUGUUCUGGGUUCUGAGGAGUAGUAAGCUGGUGGAGACAGCCAUUGAGGGACCAGAGAACUUUACUAGCUCAUUUUCAAAAACCUGAACUGCUGAAAUCUGUGGGGGGCUGUGUGGGUUUUUCACUAAAUAAAGGUAUUACGGCUAACAAAACAAGAUGUUUAGUUAAAUAUUUAUGCUGCAGGUAGAAUACAAAGUGUUUCUAAAGGAGUCCUGAACAACAAAAACUCAAACCCACCAAAAACCAAUCUGAUAGGUUCCCAGUGGAUCUGUUAGACAUGGUGCUUUUCCUUUGGGAAUUGUUCAUUUGCCUCUUACUCGUAAGCAUUAGUUUUGGUCAAUCUGCUGGAGGACUUUCUGCCAGUUGUUGAUGUCUCUCACUACAGAGGAGUGGGAAAAGAUCCCUCUGUUUGCAAGGCACAGCUUUGUCUUACCAGGUGCCAUUUCCCUUUUGCAAAACCUUUUGUACUCUAGUGUGCAUUGAAAAGUCAGGAAUGCUUGACAUGCACAGAAUCAGCAUAAAAUUCUUUAGGGGAAAACUUUUUAAUGCUGGUCCCCUCUUAAGCUAUACUGUCUGCACUUUUUGAAGAUAACAUUGCCAAAUCUAAUUUUUUUUCUUUUUGUUGUUUUUUCUAAAAAAGAAUCUUGAAGAAAUAUCAUCUUAACUGAAGUGCUUCUUGUUUCCAUAUGAAUGACUGUUGCUGUUUGUCAUGCCAUUUAUUACUUAAGCUGCAGAGCCCAUUGUGCCUCUUCUUUACAUUUUUGUUACUGUCCUGUUUGUUAGUUCAGAGAGUAAUGGGUAUGGCCUGGCUCUUGGACUAGUGAUGGCUUUGUUUGUUGGCUCUGUAAAAAUACUGAUGUAUCCCAGAAUUGAACCUAGUAUUGAUUCCCAAGAGUGCUUUUUAAUUUGUAUGUUUUACUAUGUAAGGUCAAUGCAAAAUUAUUAGAAGUCAUAUUUUCCCAUAAGACAGUAUAUUCAGAUAGAAUUAGUGCUUCAGGCCUAAACAUGCAUUUUUGUUUUUAACAUUAGACCUUCAAUAUUGUAUCUGAAAAGCCACUGCAAAAUUAGUGAUGUGGAUAGGAUCCUCUUGUGUGUUUUUCAAUUUUUUUUGUCUGUUUUGGUUUUGGGAUUUUUACAACAUACGUAAUUCAACUGGUAAGUUACUGGUUUAAAAAGUUCAGCAGGACAGGUUCCUAACACAUGAUGAUGAUACACAGGGAUGUUUACUACAGAGUUCUGUUCUUCCUGAUUCCCCCUAAUUAUCUUCUUCCUUAAUAAUCUCACUAUUUUACCAUGUUUAAUCUUUCCAUAUAACCAUUUCCAAAAGCUGGAGGGUUUGCAAGAGCAGGAGAUAGCUUAGUGCAGCACUAGGUAUUUGCAUUUCAUAAAACAGGAAGUUUUUAUUUUUUGACCUCUGUCCUGUCACUUGCACGUACACCCCACCCUGGGAGUUGACACCCUGCCCGAAUUCCCCUUCAGCCUCACGUUGUGUAUAAAGAUAGCAGUGGUUGACGGAGGCUUCCUGUUCCAUGCCUUUUGUUCCCAGCUGAAGUAUGUGGAUAGGACCUUUUUCACCUGGAUCUGUGUGUAUUGGUGAGGGUGUGGCAGCCAGAUUUUCACUGCUGACUUAACCUCUGGCAUAUGAAUCACAGGUGCCACUGCUGAGAGGUCUUGUCAUCUUUCCAUUUUCCUGUCCUUCACAUCGUGUUUCCAGUUUCUGGGGCAGCCAUCAGAAAUAGUAGUACUCAGUUUAAUGAUUCAUGAAGUAUAGGAGCCAAGUUACAGCAGCAGGUGAAGGAAUUUGAAUGGAAACGUUGGCAACUCAAAAUUGGCUCAAAAAUUCUAAAAACCUACAUUUUGGCAUUUGGUUAAGUGAUGGAAGACUUCAGUGAUUUUUAUUUUUUCUUCUUCCCAUUUAGAAUUAGCAACAGUAUGUUGUUUUGGCUGCCUGUUAUCACUGAAUUAUUAUUUUCAAUUCUGUAAUUGAACCUGCAGUGACUAAAGAAGCUUUUGGUUAUGCUAAUAUGGAAAAUGUAAAAUUUUAUAUUAUCAAACCUUUCCAAAUUUUUAGUACUAAAUGGAGGAUUAUUUUCUUGAUGCAGAGUAUUUUAAUGAGUUAAAUUAAAUGGUCCAUUUUAUUAUAGCCCUUUCUUUCUACCUAUCUCCCCAUCUGUCGCAGUAAAUACAAGCAUUGCGUGUAGUCAGGGCCAUCUGGUAUCAUUUUCUACUCCUCUGGAGACCUUGGUGCAAACAAAUUCCUCUUACUCUGUAAUAGCCUCUCUGCCUGUUUUUUUCUUCUGUGAGGUAGGUGGCAGUAGGUCUAGCAGGUAAAUGCUUAAACCAAGUGCCAGCCAUGUCCCACUUUCCUUCUGUAAGUCCCUCUAGAAAAUCCAUUAUCUUCUCUUCACCUGUUUCUUUUCAGUUAAUGAUUUCCUAAUUGGCAGUAGGAAUUGGACUAAAGCUGUUACUGUUGAUUCUCGUGUCUUCAGGUACUUCCCCUACCGUUCUAAUACUUUUAUUGUUCCUUUUAUAAAGAAGGGAAAUAUUUCUUUUUCAGCACUCAAUGACAGCGGCGGAAGCUGCACUGACAUUAACUUAAGUAAGGAUGGCAGAGCUGUCACACCAAGACAGGAUUUUUUGGUUGUUUUGGCUUGUCAGAUGGCUGGGUGUUAAACACAGAAACCCACUGCUGACUCCAAAGAAUAUUUCCAGGUGGAUUAUAUAAAAGGCUAAUCUUACCCGAGAGGCCCAGGAAAACCACUGUGUUUAUUCAGGAACUAGUUCAGACCCUUCUAGGAGCUUUUGACAGUAUCAGGUGUGUCCAUGUGCUAUCAGCUGAUUGCAGAAAAGAGAGAGAUGUUGUGGAAUAAAUGUUCCUGCUGCUCCCUUCCCGUUCUGUGCUGGCCCUUGGGAAAAAUAGAAGGCAAGUGUACUUGUAUUCUAUUGAGGGUGGAAGAAGGAGGAGUGAUUGCAGUAUGGUGGGAAGGUUUAUUAUGAAUAUCGGAUUCUUUACCACAAAUUUCAGAUUCCUGUUCACAUCAGACUUCUUUUAAAAAUAUCUUUUUUCUUUACUGUUAUAUCUCUUAGCAGCCUUGGCUUUCCAGGGGAAAACAUUGUGUGGUCAUUGCUGUUUACCUUACAUGUUUCUCCAUGUAUGGAACUGUAAUUUUAAUGUCUUUUUUUUCCAAACCAUUUGUACACAAAAUCAUUCCAUGAAUGGCUGCCUUAUAAUUUUUCCACUUUAAUUGUGAAUGGUUAAAAUAAUAUUGCCGUUUUCAAUUUGUUUUAUUAUAUUAAAUUUUUACUAGGUGCAGUG